AUGGUGACAACUUUUUCCUCUUGUGAAGUCAAAUUAGGACCAGAAGUGUUCAUCAAUUUCCGAGGAGAUGAGCUGCGUAAAACCUUCAUCUCCCAUCUCCAUAAAAGAUUGAAAGGCGAUGGGAUCGAUGCUUUUAUAGACUCUGAAGAAGACGCAGGCCAAGAACUCACAAAUUUUUUUAAAAGAAUUGAGAAGUCGAAGAUCGCUCUAGCGGUUUUAUCCAGUAGGUACACGGAGUCACAUUGGUGUUUGCAGGAGCUAGUUAAGAUAAUGGAAUGCAGCAUGAAAGGUGAAGGAUGCAAUAACAAGUUAUUGGUCAUUCCAAUCUUGUACAAGCUAAACGUAUCCACGGUGACAGAGCUUGAUGGAGAUUUCGGUCUUAAGCUGUGGAAUCUCUGGAGGUUGCCCGGUCGCAAUCGUCAUCGAGACAACCGAAUUGUUAAGUGGAGCGAGGCUUUGGAGGACGUUCUCAGCAGAAAGGCCUUGAUAUUUCCAGAAAACGGUAAGGAGGAUGAUUUCGUGUCCACGAUCGUUACACAUGUUAAGAAUGCCCUAAGCAAAAUUCAGCGGCAAAGAGUACAAAACCCUAAACCGCAAAAAGCGGAUGGAGGAAACCCUAAGCCCCAUAAUUGUCUUAGCAGAGCAUCAAACAACACUGAACCAGAGGAACAACGCCUGAAGCAAUUGGAAGGAAAGUUGAACGUUGAGUGCAAUGACAACGAAACUCGUAUUGUCGGAGUCGUCGGGAUGCCUGGAAUCGGCAAAACCUAUCUCGCCGAAAAACUCUUCGUCAACCUUAAGAGGAAGAUCGACCAUUGUGUGUUCAUUAAGUUCGAGCGUGAGAAGUCUAAGGAGCAAGGAUCAGAGUGGCUACAAAAGAGAGUCGUGGAAAAUUUACUGUAUCAAGAUUAUUUUGAUCCAAGAACCACCGAUAAGGAUGCACCUCAGUAUUGGAAGAACGGCCUAGCCCUAGUCAAAAUCGUGGUUAUCCUCGAUAACGUGAUUGACAAGGAACAGAUCGACGUGUUUCGUGGGAAUUGCGAUUGGAUUAAGAAGGGAAGCAAGAUCGUCAUCACGACACGGGAUAAGUCAUUGAUCGAGGGACUAGUCUCUGAUCUCUAUGAGGUCCCUGGAUUGAAUGAGGGAGACGGCUUGGAGCUCUUUAGGGCUCAAAUCUGUAGUAACCUCGAAGGAAAAUUCAUGGGGAUGUCUAGAAAGUUUGUGGAUUUUGCAGGAGGCUACCCAUUAGCUCUCAGGGAAUUUGGCGUGGAGCUCAAAGGGAAAGACGAAGAUCAAUGGGAAGAAAGACUUGGAACACUAACACAAAUCUCCAAUGUGGAGGUGGGAAAUUUUUUGAAAGACAUUUAUGAAAAUGAUCUUGAUGAAAAGCAGAGGGAUGCAUUUCUCGACAUAGUCUGUUUUUUUAGAUCACAGGAUGAGAACUACAUAAAAAGUUUACUGGAUUCUAUUGAACCUAACUCUACUGAAGCUGGGAGAGAAGUAAGAGAUCUAGUAGACAAGUUCUUGAUACAUAUCUCUGAUGGUCGAAUAGAGAUGCAUAAUCUACUGUUUACAAUGGGCAAGGAGCUUGUUGAAACUACUACAAGAAAAUAUUGGAUGCUAUCAUCGAAUUCUGCAGUGUCUAUUGAUGCGCUGAGAAACAAAGAGGGAAGAGACGAGGUUAGAGGAGUUGUAUUAGACAUGUCUAAAAUGGAGGAAAUGCCUUUAAACAACCAAGCUUUUGUCGGUAUGAGCAAUCUUCGGUACCUGAAAGUGUACAAUUCUCUCUGUCCUAAUCACUCUGACGCAGCAUGCAAAUUAAACUUACCGAAUGGAAUUAAGUUUCCGAAAGAUAACAUUGUCCGUUAUAUUUACUGGAUGAACUUCCUAGGGGAGGAAUUUCCAUCGGACUUUGAACCAAAAGAUCUUAUCGAUCUUUGGUUGCCUUACAGCAAGAUUAUCCGUUUAUGGGACUGUGCUAAGGAUGCACCAAAACUGAAGUGGGUCAAUCUAAGUCACUCCAGUAAGUUAACUUCCAUUUCUGAUCUAUAUGCCCCAAAUCUUUUGAGACUAAACCUCGAAGGCUGCACGAGUUUGAAGGAGUUACCUCAUGAGUUGCAAGAGAUGAAGAAUCUUGUUUUCCUGAACCUGAAAGGGUGCACAAGACUCUUGUAUCUACCAAAGAUCACUAUGGUUUCUCUAAAGACUCUUAUUCUCAGCGGCUGCUCAAAUCUUCAGACAUUUGAGGUGAUUUCAGGAAGUCUAGAAACUCUGUACUUAAACGAAACUGCAAUAGAUGGACUUCCUCCAGCCAUUGGCAAUCUCCACAGACUUAACUUCUUGAAUAUGAAAGACUGCAAGAAUCUUGUUACUCUUCCUGAUUGUCUUGGGAAGCUGAAAUCUCUUCAAGAACUCAAACUCUCUCGUUGUUCCAAGCUCAAGAUUUUCCCCGAAAUCAUGGAAAAUUUGCGGGUUUUACUGCUUGAUGGCACAUCAAUAACAGAGAUGCCAAGCAAUAUUAUCAACUUAUCCUUUGUGCAGCGGCUAUGCUUAAGCAGGAAUGAUCAAAUUUACAGCCUACAAUUUGACAUGGGUCACAUGUUCCAUCUAAAGUGGCUCGAGAUGAAGUAUUGUAAGAAUCUCACAUCUCUUCCAAGGCUUCCACCGAAUCUUCAGUGCUUAAAUGCACAUGGAUGUACUUCACUAAGAACAGUCACCAGCCCACUAGCCCUUUUGAAGCCGACCGAGCAGAUUCAUUCCACCUUCAUUUUCACUAACUGCCAUGAACUGGAACAAGUCUCAAAGAAUGUUAUCAUAUCUUAUGUUCAGAAGAAAAGUGAGUUGAUGUCAGAUGAUCGAUAUAAUAAGGAUUUUGUUUUCAAGUCCUUGAUCAGUACUUGCUUUCCGGGAUGUGACAUACCUGCAUGGUUCAACCACCAAGGAUUAGGAUCAGUCUUAAAGCUGGAGCUUCCUCAAGAUUGGAAUGCAGGUAGAUUUAUCAGGAUAGCUUUAUCCGUUGUAGUCUCGUUUAAGGAGUACAAACACCAAAACAACACCCUCCAAGUGAAAUGCACCUGUGAUUUCACCAACGCAUCCUUGAGCCCGGAAAGUUUUGUUGUUGGUGGUUGGUCCGAACCAGGGGAUGAGCCACAUACGGUUGAGUCGGAUCAUGUCUUCAUUGCCUACACCACUUGGUCCAGUAUCAAGAAACGUCAACAGUUGUCAUCAGCGAAUGAAGUUUCCCUUAGAUUUGAAGUGACGAAUGGUACAAGCGCGGUUGCAGAAUGCGAGGUGAUGAAGUCUGGCUUCUCUUUGGUUUAUGAGCCUGAAGAAGCUGAGAACACAUCUUGGGAGGGAACUUCAAGGAUGGAGAAAAGAAUCUCUUUUGCAGAUGAUGGUGAUUUCCCCACAGAUGCCAACUACGAUGGUACGCCAACCACAGAGGACUCAAAGAAACCUAAUUUCCUGAUGAGAUUAUUUAGUGGAUGA